AAAAAUAAAAUAAAAAAACUCUGCAAUCACCGAGGAAUAAAUAAACUAACCAAAGCCAUGGGGAACUGCAUAGUUCUACAAGAAAACGUGGUAAGGGUCAUGAAAAGUGACGGCAAAAUCCUCGAAUACAAAGCACCCAUCAAAGUCCAUCAAGUUCUGAACCAGUUUCCGGGCCAUGCAAUAUCCAAAUCCCUACCAGUCUUACACCAUCUCCACCCCAACACAAGAUUGCUCAAGGGCCAGUUAUACUACCUCGUGCCGCCGCCACAACCUUCGCCGAAAAAAGUGAACAAAAAGAGGGUGAGGUUUGCUGAACCUGAUCAUGAUGAUGAUCAAGUGGAAGAUAAGGGUGAUGAGGUGGUUAGGAUUAAGCUUGUUCUUAGUAAGCAAGAGCUGAAGGACAUAGUGCAAAAAGGAGGGAUUUCUGUUAGAGAGGUGUUGUCUUUGGUACAAGGAAAGGGAAUGGAUGGUGAUGUAGAUGUGUGUACAAGAGUUAACGAUGGUUCUCAUGGGUGGAAACCAGCGUUAGAAACAAUACCAGAAUAAAAGUAGCUAUAUCAUAUGUAUAUUUAAAGUUUUCACUACUUUUUUCUGGCUUUGGUUUUAGUUUA